CUGGUUGCAAAUAACGAUUAAAAACAUGCAUGGAGUCACGUGGUGUUACCUGCUUGCUGUGCCAUCUGUCAUAUAAAUGACAAGAUAAAAGGGACCGCCCUUGUUCGUCUCGCGUCAGUUCGUCAGCAACCUCCGAUCUUCACAUCAGAGUUCCAGUACGAGAUGAACGCCCUUUGUGUAUGGGUGACUGUGGGCUUGGCGUGUGUGCUGUUUUGUCAGACACUGGGUGCAGGGGACAAGUCGAGUGUGAAGAAGCCAGAAGAGGUUACCGACUGUCUACCGAUCAAAGAUCCACGCUGUGUGAAUUCAUCCAGCACAGCCAACAUCAAUGGCGUGAGGUUCUGCUGCCCUGGGUCCGGAUCUAUGUCGACGAGCACGACGAAUAACAACGGCGUGCAAACCCAGUCGUGUAAAUGUGGCGGGCCCGUCAAGAUGCCGGAGAUGCCGGACUUCCACUGGCCCCGGAUGCACAACCCACUUCCGUUCGACAACAACUGGGGAUGGAAGUUCAGAUAAAGGAUCUGUUUCCAAGCUCCACUCCGUUAUACCCAGACGUCUCUCAGCAAGCUUAGCAUUGCAAUGUAUUAUUUGUCAGUCUUAAUAAAUCAUUUGAAAUGUU